AUGAGUGAGUAUAUGGAGGAUAAUUCGCACUCUGACGAUAGUGGGACCUACGACGAGUGGAUUCCUUCAUUUUGUUCGCGGUUCGGUCAUGAGUACUUCUGUCAGGUUCCCACUGAUUUUAUAGAGGAUGAUUUCAACAUGACAUCUUUGGCGCAGGAAGUGCCACACUACAGAAAGGCGCUUGAUCUUAUCCUUGAUCUGGAGAUGGUGAGCGAUGAGGAGGACAUGGAUGAGAAGGAGAGCGGUGCGGAGAGUAGUAGCGGUGCAAACAAUAACGGUGGAGUUAAUUCCAAGGCCCUAGUAAAUAGAAACAUUAUUGGCCACGCAGCAGAACAACUAUACGGUCUGAUACACGCACGUUACAUACUGACUAAGCCAGGUUUGCAGGCCAUGGCUGAGAAAUUCGAUCACAAGGAUUUCGGUACUUGUCCGAGAUACUUCUGCCAUGGUAUGCAGUUAUUGCCAUGCGGUCUGAGUGAUACGAUAGGUAAACAAGCAGUAAGGCUCUAUUGUCCCAGCUGCCAGGACUUAUACUUACCACAGAGUUCGCGUCAUCUAUGUCUAGAAGGUGCCUACUGGGGUACAAGUUUCCCAGGUGUCUUUUUAAAGCAUUUCAAGGAGUUGGAAGAAUACGUAGAGAGAAAAAACAAAGAAUCAUAUGAACUGAAAGUGUUUGGUUUCAGGAUAAACGAUCAGGCUGUUUCAGGCCCUAGAAUGAAGUGGUUAAGGCAAUACCCAGUCACGGAAGAAGACUGGGAAGAGUUCAAUAAAUGCGAAUUCGAAAUGCCAAUAGUAGAAUGA